AUGAACAUUGUGACAAAACGUUAUGUAGAACAGAUUAACGUAGUUGAAAUUAGGAAGAAUGAGAGUUAUCUCAACCAGCCAGCACCCCCUACCCCCAUUCCCACACUUUCCCUCAUGGGAGGCUGCCGGGAGCACUUCGAAAACCACUGGAAAGGCCAGGCACGGUGGCUCACGCCUGUAAUCCCAGCACUUUGGGAGGCCAAGGCAGGCGGAUCACCUGAGGUCAGGAGUUCGAAACCACCCUGGCCAACAUGGCGAAACCCCAUCUUUACUAAAAAUACAAAAAUUAGCCAGGUAUUAGAAUUAUUUCUGAAUUAUCAGUCUCUCAUUUGUGCUUUGGGGAAGCAGAAAAGGCAAAAGGGGUCUUUGGCCAUCUUCUGCUGGAGCUUCCAGGGAGGAUGUGUCUCCAAGAGACCAGAUGUACCAAGUUUGAAAUCCCAGAAGCCCAAGAGGAAAAGAACCACAGGGAGGAAAAGACUGUCCAAAGGCUUCUGGAGUCUUCUGUUCUCUAACCUUGGAAGGUUUUGAACAAUAUUUCUCAGAGGAUAGCCUUUCACUUAUUUAUCUGUCCAGCAUGACUCAUCCCCAGGAGUGUUGAUGUCUGUCUUCACCAAGAAGGACGACUUUGAUUGGCUGUAAUUGGCCACUGUUGCCAAUGGAGUAGAGAGAGUCUUGCUACAUGCGGGAACUAGAAUUACAUCACUGCGUUUUUUGGCUUUGUUUCUUCAAUGAGUUGUAGUGUAUGAAUAUUAUUACAAAAUAAAAUGAUUUAAAAAUA